CACAGUCAUCAUGCGGUGCACACGCGGAGCACUGGUGUUGCUGCUGGCGAUGUGUGUCGCGCUGCUGGCGCCAGCGCGGUGCGCCAGGAAGGGCGGCGGCGCUGGCGAGCAGCUGGCGCCGCAGGUGCAGACAUCUCUGGGUCGGCUGCGGGGCAGCGUGAUGACGUCACUGGACGGCCGGAGCAUCCUGGCUUUCCGCGGCGUCCGCUACGCGCUGCCCCCCGUCGGCGAACUGCGCUUCAAGCCUCCAUCACCUCCACAGCCUUGGAAUGAUAUUAUAAAUGCUACAGAAGAUGGAGCAUGGUGCCCAAAUGCAGAGAAUGCAAAUGGUACCUCAGAGGACUGCCUGUUUCUCAAUGUGUAUACAACCAAACUGCCUGAAGGCAGACAAAAUACUGGGAGACCUGUGCUGAUCUUCUUCCACCCUGGAGCUUUCUACAGCAUGAGAGGAAGCAGUGACCUGUUUGGCCCUCAGUACCUCAUGGAUGAGGAUAUUGUUCUAGUCACUGUCAACUACAGGCUUGGUGCUCUAGGUUUCUUGAGUACUGGAGACUCUGUUCUUCCUGGAAACAAUGGAUUCAAGGAUCAGGUACAGGCUCUUCGAUGGGUGCAGCAAAACAUUGCUUCCUUUGGUGGAGAUCCAAACAGCGUCACAAUUUCAGGGUACAGUGCUGGUGGAGUUAGUGUCUACUUGCACAUGCUUUCUCCAAUGUCUAAAGGUUUGUUCCAUCGAGGAAUUGCAAUGAGUGGUACUGUUCAGUCCAUAGUAAUUAAAGAUCCAUUGCAACAGGCACAAAAGCAAGCAAGAUUACUAAACUGCCCUGAUGGAACUUCACAGGAAAUAGUUAACUGUUUGAAAGGCAAAGACGCUCAAGAAAUUGCUGAUACUCUAGGAGGAUUUGUGGAAUGGGGUUGGGAUCCAAUCCUGGUGUUUGGAGCAGUUGUUGAACAGGAUUAUGGAAAUGAAGCAGAGAGAUUUCUUACUGCUGAUCCUACACAGCAGUUCCUUUCAGGAAAUUUUACCCAUAUUCCACUAAUUACAGGAACCACAAAAGAUGAAUUCAGCUGGAAAGCAUUGCAAAUACUUGGUAACACUUCAUGGGCAGAAGAUAUGAGUGAAAAUUAUGAGACAGUCUUUCCCAUAUCUUUCUUGUAUGAACGGAAUACUUCACGAUCACGGCAAAUAAGCAGAGAGCUGAGGAGUUUCUACCUCGGCACUGAACCAAUAACAAAUAAUUCUAGGACUGGACUCGGCCAAUUAUAUGCUGAUGGUAUAGUAAUAUUUCCAGUUGACCGUGUUGCAAAGAUAAUAUCUACAAGGAAUACUUCACCAGUGUACUAUUACCAGUUUACUUAUCAAGGAAGGUAUAGCUGGGUGAACUCUCCAGGGACAACAACACCUUAUGGUGUUGUGCAUCAUGAUGAUCUGAUUUACUUAUUUUACAUAUCAGUAUUGUUUCCAUCUUUCACCAAGGCUGAUCCAGAAUAUCCAACAGUUAAAAAAAUGACUAAAAUGUGGUCUAAUUUUGUUAAGAAUGGCAAUCCAACAUCUGAAAGAAAUGAUUUAGUCAACGUGGAGUGGCAAAGCUUGACACCUUCAAGACAAGUGUAUCUGGAUAUAGGAUCGCAGUUGACAAUGAAGAAUGGGCUAUAUUAUCAGGACCGUAUGUCACUAUGGGACAGGCUGUUUCCCCUACCAACUAGUGGGCAUAAGGGAAAUCGAAGACGUGGCCAUCAUAGAGAACAGUAAUGGUCUCUAAUGUGAUUACAGAUUACUAUGAAAUGUUUUGUGUAUGCAAAGAUUGGUAAACAGCAAAUAUCAUAACAUUUUCAAUAAAAA